AUGCCACGACUUUGUGUCGUAUGUAAAGAAGAACGCGCAAGCGUAAAACGUCCAAAAACAGGAGAACAACUAUGCAGAAACUGCUUCUAUCAUGUAUUUGAGAUAGAAGUUCACUGCACCAUCACAGACAACAAGCUUUUCAAGAGUGGUGAUAGGGUUGCUAUUGCCGCGUCUGGUGGGAAAGUGCUGGCUCAUAUCAUGAAAACACUUAAUGAUCGAUACAAUUACGGGCUUGAUCUUUUUCUUUUGUCCGUCGAUGAAGGAAUAACUGGAUACCGGGAUGAUUCAUUAGAGACGGUAAAACGAAAUCAACAACAAUACAAUCUUCCGCUGAAAAUUGUCUCGUAUGGCGAGUUGUAUGGUUGGACAAUGGAUGAAAUAGUGAAAGAGGUUGGGCUAAAGAAUAAUUGUACCUUUUGUGGAGUAUUUCGACGUCAAGCACUUGAUCGUGGUGCAGUGAUGCUCAAUACAGAUCAUAUAGUCACAGGACAUAAUGCGGAUGAUAUCGCCGAGACAGUGUUGAUGAAUAUACUGAGGGGAGAUAUCGCACGACUUGAACGAUGCACCGAAAUCUGCACAACUGGUGAUGGCCGAAUACGACGGUCGAAACCUUUUAAAUAUGCGUAUGAGAAGGAAAUUGUCAUGUACGCAUACUUCAAAAAACUUGACUAUUUCUCUACCGAAUGUGUGUACUCGCCAAACUCAUAUCGUGGACACGCGCGAACGUUCUUGAAGGAUUUGGAGGCGAUACGGCCUAGUGCUAUUAUAGGUGAAGCAUUCCAAAUCAAACAAGAGGUAAAACUCCCGACACAAGGCGUGUGUAGUCGAUGUGGGUACAUGUCGAGUAAUGAGUUGUGUAAAGCGUGUGUUUUGUUGGAAGGGUUGAAUCGUGGCUUGCCGAGACUGGGAAUCGGGAAAACUAAUCGACUGCGUAAAAUUCAUGGUGAAAUGCCUGAAAACACUGCAACGAUGUUACACUUCAGUCAGCUACAGAUUGACGGGGAGAACGGGAAGAGCGAAUCAGAUGAAGGUAAAAAGCGGAGGUGA